AAAAGCCAUCAAACUAAACACGAAGAUAGGAAUCAACUUGAUUAAAAAUACUAAUUUAUUAAAUCAAUAAGAAUGCGUUGGAGCGAGGAUGCCACGCUUGAAUUCGUGAAAUUAUACUUAAAACACGAAUGCCUUUGGAAUCCCCCUAACCCAGGCUACAAGAAAAAACUUAUUCGGGAUAAAGCAUACUCGGAAAUAUGUUCAGAGUUCAAACAUAUAAAAACCCUUACAAUACCGGAUGUGAGAUUAAAGAUUAGAACAUUGAGGACAACUUAUAUCCAGCAAUUGAACAAAAUACAGGAGAAAUCUAGCCCCGAAAGUGCCUAUGAGCCUUCUUUAGUCUGGUUCAACGAAAUGGAUCGUUGUUUGAAACAUAUUAUUCCUAAUAAUCGGCACUCUUCCUAUGAAACUCAAGAAACCGAGAUAGAUUCUUCGGCAGGUAUAUGGGUUAAUAUAGAGCCUGAAAACAAUCUAGAUGGGGACUCUCAACCUGAUCCUUUAGUCACAAAUUCAUUUGAUGAUUUUGAAUCUGCAGAGUCUUUAACCCCAAUUAAGAUCGAAGGGUCCAAAUACUCACAUUCUAACAAGAAAAUAAAAAAGAAGAAAAGGCUAAAACACGGGAAUCUUUCUACACUAACUUUGAAAGAUUCCAUUUUUGUAAGGAAGAAAUGGGAUGAGUAUGAUAUUUAUGGCAAAUUUAUAGCUUCACAGUUAAGAGGGAUGAAUGUAAAGACAGCUUCAAGGCUUCAGUUGCAGAUACAGAGUUUAGUUAGUGCAGCCAAAUUAGCUGAAAUGGAGUGAUUAGUUUCAAGUUUAAUAUUAUCUAUAACAGUAUCAUUAAAAUUUUAUUUAGACAAAUA